CAAUCGUAUGCAAAUCAAAGAAUAAGGCGAGGAGUGAAUUUUUCAAACUUAAUCAAUCUAAGCAAUGCUAAAUCAAGCGGAACGUCGUCCCACGAUAAACAUUAUUUUGUCCCUACUAUUAUGCUCUCGAAUACUAUUUCUCUGGCUCUGAAGGUAGUUGAGGUUCAACUUUUUUUUCAACGAUAUAAUGUAGAUGUCGGAUUUAUUACCGAAACUUGGCUAAAAGACAGAAUUAAUGACAGUGUUAUUAAUAUUUCCGGCUAUAACAUAUUUCGGAAAGACCGUAUUGUUCGAGAACACGGCGGAGUUUGUAUUUAUGCCCGAGAACAGAUGAAAUAUGAAAUCCUUGAAAAUUUACAAUGCUGUAACGAUCAUGAAAUUUUGUGGAUUAAGCUCAACCCUACGCGUCUCCCCCGAGGGUUUACCUGCCUUAUCAUCGCUGUCAUUUACCAUCCACCUGGUUCAGACUGCCAUUCAAUUAUUAAUCAUCUAUUCCAAAAUUUAACACUGGCCGAAUCCUUAUAUCCUAAUUGCAGUAUUGUUAUAGCAGGAGACUUCAAUCGUCUGAAUGUCGCUAACAUCAAACGUCAUUUCAAACUCAAACAACUGGUUAAGCUGCCUACAAGGGGACAAGUGACACUUGAUAAAAUUCUAACGAAUAUGGCCGAGUUCUUUUCACCAGCCGAGAUAUACCCACCCUUCGGCCUGUCAGACCAUAACACUGUUCUCGUGAGACCAAAGGAAAGAGAAAUAGGCCAGUCUUCAAGAAAAUUCGUUACAGUUAGAGAUACGAGAGCAAGCAACAAGGCCGCACUUGGGCGAUAUUUAAGUAGCAUAGACUGGGCGUCAACUAUUAAUAGUAAAGACAACUGUACUGGAAAGUUAGAUACGUUAACUGACCUAAUAAAAAUUGGUCUGAAUCAUAUCAUGCCAGAGAAAGUGAUCAAAGUCCACACCAAUGAUGCCCCAUGGAUGUCCACUAAGCUAAAAGAUCUAAUACGUAUGAGACAAGUAGCCUUCUACUCUAACAAGAAUAGCAUUCAAUUCAAGUUUUACCGCAACGCCGUCAACAGAGAAAGGAAAUUGUGCAAAGCUAAAUAUUAUGCCUCAAAAGUCCAAGAUUUGAAAGGGGCCAAUCCCCGUCAGUGGUGGAAAGAAGUUAAAAAAAUAAGUGGAUCCGUAAAUAGCAUCAAAUUGAUGAGCAGUCUUAAUGUCCCUGGAUAUGAUAAUUUGUCCCACAAGGAAAUAGCCGAUGCUAUUAAUGCCUCCCUUCUUGAACCUCUGCAGGAGUACAACCCCCUCGAUCCUAGUACUGUCAACUUGCCAGGGGAAGAACUAGAUGUGAUACCAGAGGUGUCGGUCGAACGCGUUUACACCCACCUAUCACGGUUAAACAAGUAUAAAGCUCCUGGCCCUGAUGGACUAUCUAACUGGUUGUUCAAGGAGUAUGCUGAGAUUUUGGCGGAACCAGUUGCUAAUAUUUUGAAUUCAUCUUUUAAGGACCAAAGUCUUCCAAGGGUUUGGAAAUUGGCUGACGUAUGCCCGCUUCCCAAAGUCAAACGUGUCACGAACCCCCAAUCGGAACUUAGACCAAUUUCCUUAACCUGUUCUCUAUCAAAAGUGGCCGAGGAAUUCAUUGUAGCUGAUUACAUUAAACCUGCUGUGACCAAAAUAAUCGAUCCCAAUCAAUUUGGAACAAUCCCAGGUUCUUCAACGGUUAUGGCCUUAAUUAGCAUGGUCCACAAGUGGCUAAAAGAGUCUGACGGCACUGGCUCAACAAUUAGAGUUUUGUUAUUCGAUUAUCGGAAAGCUUUCGAUUUGAUAGACCACUCUACCCUUAUUGAGAAACUUCGUCAAUUGGACAUUCCCAACAGCGUCAUCAAUUGGAUCAUGAGUUUUCUAUCGGGACGAUCUCAGAGGGUUAAACUGGAACGGGACUGUUUCUCAGAGUGGGGAGCCGUACCUGCAGGAGUUCCUCAAGGUACGAAGUUGGGCCCCUGGCUGUUUCUGAUAAUGAUUAACGAUCUUACAAUUUCUGGAGACCCCUUUGAUAUGUGGAAAUACGUUGACGACACGACUGUAUCUGAAGUAAUAGCCAAAAAUAAAGACUUAAGUGACGCACAAUUGGCUGUCGAUCAGGUAUCUGAAUGGUCAAAAAGGAGCAUGCUUCAACUUAACUGCAGGAAAUGUAAAGAGCUACCUAUUACCUUCAGUCGGUCUCGGAAUUUGCCAUCUCCAGUCAAUGUUGAGGGGUCCACCAUUAUCCCAGUGAGCAAGGUAAAGCUACUCGGCGUAACGAUUAACAGCACCCUUACAUGGAAUGAUCAUAUCGAGGAAAUAGUAAAGAAAGCAUCUCGCAAGCAGUAUUUUCUUGUGCAGCUUAAGAGAGCGAAAGUCCCAGCAAGAGAAAUAGUCGCCUAUUACUGUGCAUGUAUCCGUUCUGCAAUCGAUUACGCAUGCCCUGUAUUCCACUACUCACUUCCAAAAUAUCUCCAAGAAGAUCUGGAGAGGAUCCAGAAAAGAGCACUAGCCUGCAUUUACCCAGGAAGGCGUUACGAAGAUGCCCUAUCACUCGCUGGCCUAGCAUCUAUACAUGAUCACCACGAAUCUUUAUCUAAAUCACUCUUUAGGUCAAUUGUAAGUGACUCUAAAAACAAACUGCAUGCUCUACUACCGCAGAGAAAUAACAAUGCCAAAUAUUAUUUUAGGAAACGUAGAACUUUUAAUAUUCCAACUGCAAAGACCUAUGCUCAGUCAUUCAUAAUGCAUAGUAGUAAGCUUUAUGAUGACAUAUAG